ACAGGGCGCGCCGCCGAGGAGGAGGAGGAGGAGGGCGGGAGAAAGCCAGCAGGCGCGACCGCCGCAGAAGGGCCGGGAGCUGGGAGCCGAGCUCGCGGCCCCGCUGGGGCUACCUCUGCAGUCGCGGAGACCCCCGCGUUCGGGGCUCCUCCACUCCCUGUCGUAAGUUGACUUGGCAAUGCAGGCAAGCGAGGAACGCCCGGGGUCGCCGCCCCGACCCUCUCUUCCUCCGGACAUUUCACUUUUCCGCGGGUGAAAACUUCGGCCCCACGUUCGUCUCGGGGUUGGGGGCGGCGGUGUCACCCCGGAGGGGCCACCUCCCGAUGCCUUCUGAGCCCCGGCCCAGCUCCUCGCCCCCCUGGCCUGCAGAAUGAAGAGAUUCAAAUGUUGUUUUAAAUACCCACUACAGCAGAAAGUUUUCAUCUUAUUUUUAACUCUAUGGCUGUUCUCCCUGUUAAAACUUCUAAACGUGAGAAGACUCCUCUUCCCCCAAAGAGGCAUUUACUUGGUUGAGUACUCCUUAAGUACUUCACCUUUUGUAAGAAACAGAUACACCCAUGUUACAGAUGAACUCCAGUAUGAAAUUAACUGUUCAGGGGUCUAUGAACAGGAGCCUUUGGAAAUUGGCAAGAGUUUAGAAAUAAGAAGAAGAGACAUCAUUGACUUGGAUGAUGAAGAUGUUGUGGCAAUGACCAGUGAUUGUGAGAUUUAUCAGACCAUAAGAAGUUACCAUCAAAAGCUUGUUUCACGGGAGGAGAAAAGAUUCCCGAUAGCCUAUUCUUUGGUUGUUCACAAAGAUGCAAUUAUGGUUGAAAGACUAAUCCGUGCUAUAUAUAACCAUCACAAUAUUUAUUGCAUCCAUUAUGACCACAAGUCACCUGAUACCUUCAAAGUGGCUAUGAACAAUUUAGCUAAGUGCUUCUCCAAUAUUUUCAUUGCUUCCAAAUUAGAGGCUGUGGAAUAUGCCCACAUUUCCAGACUCCAGGCUGACUUAAAUUGCUUGUCAGACCUCCUCAAAUCUUCAGUUCAAUGGAAAUAUGUUAUCAACCUGUGUGGUCAAGAUUUUCCACUGAAAUCAAACUUUGAAUUAGUGUCAGAGUUGAAGAAACUUGAUGGAGCAAAUAUGCUAGAGACAGUGAAACCACCUAACAGUAAAAAGGAAAGAUUCACUUAUCACCAUGAACUCAGACAGGUGCCUUAUGAAUAUGUUAAGCUGCCGAUAAGGACAAAUAUCUCCAAGGAAGCACCCCCCCAUAACAUUGAGAUAUUUGUUGGCAGUGCUUAUUUUGUCUUAAGCCGAGUAUUUGUUAAGUAUAUUUUCAACAGCUCCCUCGUUACAGACUUCUUUGCCUGGUCUAAAGAUACAUACUCACCUGAUGAGCACUUUUGGGCUACCUUAAUUCGGGUGCCAGGAGUACCUGGUGAGAUUUCCAGGUCAGCCCAAGAUGUGUCUGACCUACAGAGUAAGACCCGCCUUGUCAAAUGGAAUUAUCACGAAGGCCUUUUCUAUCCCAGUUGUACUGGCUCUCACCUCCGAAGUGUGUGUAUCUAUGGGGCAGCAGAAUUGAGGUGGCUUAUAAAAGAUGGACAUUGGUUUGCUAAUAAAUUUGACUCUAGGGUGGACCCUGUCUUGAUUAAAUGUUUGGCAGAAAAGCUUGAAGAACAACAAAGAGAUUGGAUCACUUUGUCUUCAGAAAAGCUAUUUAUAGAUAAAAAACCUACAAUCAUAUCAUUAUAGUAAAAUCAUGAUGGAAAUAAGAGGGUGUCUGAUAAAUAGUGUUAAUAUGGAACUGCAUCCAACAGCAUGUUCAGUAACAUUUGAACUUAAUCGUCUCAUGGUUUGAAAGGUAUCUAAAAGUUCAUGCACAAAAGAAGGUGACCUGGCCUUUGGUGAUUACCUGCAGUUGCUGGGUUUUUUUAACGUUUGAUAUUUGCUUGUAAUCUCACUGAGCUAAAUCACAAGGCUUAAACAGUCAGUCAGUUUUCAGAUGUGUAUGGAGCACCUACUGUAUGCCAGACACUUUUUUAGAAAACAAAAACACUUUAGUUGUAGCUACAACUACAGAAUUAAGUUGUAAUGAAUUACACAGUGGUCUUGAGAAACUGUGGCUUGCUCUAAAUUCACUGCAAUCUUCUACUUCCCAGCUUAGGUCCAGAAAGAAAAAGCUAAUUUUUCUAAGGACACAACAAGAAUGUAAUGAUAUUUUAUAAAAUUCACAUCUUAGAAAACUACCAAAAGAGUCAACUACACAAAUAUUUUAAUGUAACUGUAUUGUGCUAUAGGUGAGAUGGCGGCAGGGGAAUGUGAUCCCAGAAAUGGUUGGAGAAUUACCGCCUUACAAACCAGUCUUUUUGGAAACUGUGGAAUUUAUGUAAAAAUUUCUUGGUGAGCUUGUGUGUCAAUGUCUGCCUCAGUAACUCCUUAAAGAUGUAUUUAUCAAUUCCAAAAUAAGACUAUUUGGAACUCUGAAAUAUUUAAAUAUUUUAAAAAAUUUCUGUAUGCUGCAUGUAAAAUGCACUUCGAUUACUUAUUUUAAAGUUCAUGAUACUAACUGCCAAGUGUUACCACUUGUCUCUCCUUUUCUUUUCCUCUUAAACUCAGUUUUCCUUUUUUCUAACCCCUUCAAUCAGAAAACAACUAUUACCAAGCCCUUGUUCUUAAAAAUAAGUAACCCUUCUAUAGAGCUGACUCCUGCCAAAAGUCCUUACUGAUUCUUUACUGUGUGUGACUGUGUACCAGUUAAGUCACUUUGUAGACCAGUUAAAUCACACUUCCGUUCUCCUGGUCUUUGAGAUGAGGACGUGGAACCUGUCCUGGCUUCCUCACAAGUUGUCUCUGUAUGUGUGUGUGUGUGUGUGAGAGAGAGAGACAGAGAGAGGGAGAGAGAGAGAGAGAAUCAACUGAGGUAGUACUUGACAUGGUUUGAAAAUGGGGAUAAACUAUAGAAUUGUGAGAUGGAAGUAUUUAUUAUAAAGUAAACAAGCCCAACCCCAUUGUGAGAUUUAGCAUUUAUCUGUUUUGAAAAACCUUUGAAAUAUAAAAAGCAACAUCCUUAAUCGAGUCUAGGCAUAAGUAACCCCUUCCCCCCAGUCACCUUAUUUGGGGUUUCCUUUAAAAGCCGACAGGAUUAGUAUGUUGGCCCAGUGCCUUAGAUCAGGAGGAGGGGAUUUUCCUGCCACCGGGUAUGCUGUGUGAUUUAUGGGAAAGGCUUAAGGACACAAGGUCCUGUUGAAGCUUUGGGUUUUUAUGUCUGUGGUCGUCAGAAGACAAUGUAAACACUGAAAAACAAACAUCAACUUCCUGAUCUGGUGUCUUGCAUUCUGGUGAGAGAUGAUUCUGUCCCCUGUUCAUGGGGAAAAUUUCCAGUUGUUUGUCACUUUAAUACCAAAUUCAAAUGAAACAAAGCCAUAAAGGGGUGGCAGAGCCUUCUUUUCCUCAUUUACACAUUUCUCUGGACGAGGUUUAUAACAUUUCAGGGAGCUUGUCAGUUCACUCUGUUUUGCCUUGGGAGUCCUUCAGAUUCUGUGUAUGCCUUCAAACUCCUCUACCCUGAUUCUUCCCUAAAAUCUUUUGGUAUGACUUCCUCUCUGGUCUGGAGAAUGUUCUGCAGUCUGUGUUUUACAAUUAUUUUUUGUAUUAGUAUUUAUUGAAUCUAGACUCUUUAUUUAAAGAUGAGACCAAGACCUCAGCAUUUGUAAAUUGUAUGUUGGUAUUAAAUAACAUUAAUAAUGAAAGAGCUACCAAAAUAUAUCUACCUUUUGUGAACAAUCUACUGUAAUAUACAUAUUUAAAUACCAGUGUUGCUGCUGUUUUUAGUGUUUUGGUUAUUUUAUGUGAAAUAUAUGUAUAUAAUGAAGAUUUCUCUUGCCUUCCAGCAUAAUGUGGACAUAUGAACAUAUCCAUAUACAUACAUAUUUAGAGCGACAUUUUUCAUAGAAUAUACAAAUGACAAUCCACUUUGGGAAUGAAAAUUGAAUGUACCCUUAUAAAUUUUACAGUUGAUGACAACGGUGAAGAAAUGAGAGUUUUAAUUUUUUUAAUGAAAAAAAAAAUCUAAAUUUCCUUUUUUUUUUUUUUUUUACCAUUUUCAAAAGAUAUAUUUCCCAUGAUAUGAAUUUUAAAUACUUUGAUGUUGUGUUUUGUAUCAUGCUGGUACUAGAUGUUAAUUCUCCAGUAUUGUAAAAUAGACUGUGCUCCCAAAACCAAAACCCUGGAAUGUAUGACCUUUCCUUUCUCUGAUUGUGCUGGUUCUCCACAAAGACUCAGUUACUGUUUGUGGCACUUGCCCAAUAUUAAAGAGCAUAAUUAAUUUCACUUAAGAGUAAAAGAAAUUAAGCAUGUGUGCAUGCUACCACUUAAUUUUUUGUUGUUAUUGUCGUAAAAUAAUAGUGCUGUGAACAGCUUUGUACAUUUAACUUCUCCUUUCUUUGAAUUAUUUCCUUAUGAUGCAUUUCUAAGAGAGGAAUUACAGUCCUGAAAAGAAUGGAUUCUUUUAUUGAUUGCUUUUCAAAUAUGUCAGAAAUCACCCUCACAAGGAAUUGCAUAGGACACUUGGUUAAUGCCUAUCAACCACAGCCUCUACCUGUCUGAAAUAAAUUGUAUUUGUUUAUUUCAAUAAAUAGCCAUUCUUAUUCUUAAAGUAAGGAAGGGCCUUUGACUAAAGAAUUAAUUUAACCUUUCCAUUAAUAGAUCAAAGAAGAUGUUCUUAAUAUGCAUAGUGAAGUGACCUUGCAGAAUAACUUUUUCAAAGGAUUAACUUUGUUAACUUGACACUUUCCAUGCCAGAGAAGAUCUAGUGGCUGCUAGUAUCCAUCUAUUAUCCAUUCUCCUUAGCAUCCCUGGUUUUAUUCUGAGUAACAAUAUGAUCAACUAAAAGACAAAUUUCCCAGCCUCCCUUUACACUAGCGGUGGUAAAUGAGAUGUAAGCAGAAGUCAUUGGGUGGGGCAUCUAAGAAAGCACUUAAAAAGUGGGUUACCUAAAUCUCAGUACAUCCCAAAGUAAUUUGGGCAGAGAAUAAAAAUGUAUUUGAAGACUCACCCCCCCCCCCCAAGGAAUGAGGGAAAAAUGCAGAAAUGUUGGACUUCCCCACCUGGGUUAUUAUCGAUAAUCUUACAAACACUGAGAACUGCCAGUUUAGUAGGCUGAGUCCUGCCCUUAUGAAGCUUGUUACUGCAAAGGAGAGGCUAAGCCUACUUAGAAUUGUGCCUAAGAGUCUUCCCAGAGGACCUCUGUUGUUGGUCAGAUAUGGCCUUUCUUUUUAAGCCAACUCUGCAGGUGAACUCACUGCCCCCUUCCCUACAUGGGACAUGACUGCCAGAGGUGUACAUCUCCCUGGCGACAUGGGACAUGACUCCCAGGGAUGA